CUCUCUCUCUCUCUCUCUCUCUCUCUUUUAACCUGUUUGUCUUUGUUCUCCUUGUUCUCUCUCUUUCUCUGAAUGAUGAUGAUGGUGAUGAGAAAAUGGAGUUGAUGAGAGAGAAAUGGCACAGCCACAGCCACAGCCACAGCAACACCACCAUCAUCACAACAACAACAAUGGCGGUGGUAGCAGCACCCAAAAACAACAACACCAUGUUCUCCAUGACUUUCUCGGCAUGAAGCCCAACAACGAUAUACGCCUCUCUACUGACCUCUCACCUUCCUCUUCCUCCGCCGCUGCACGCGGCCCCUUCUCCUCCUCCGCCGCCUCCGACAUCGCUUCCGAAAAACAGGUAGGGAAUCAUCUUGAAGGGGUUCCAUACUAUGGUCCACGAAGUGAUUUUUCUGGCACCGAGAUAAGCAACAGAUUAGUGGGAAACAAGAGAAGCAAUUCUGAUUCUACUUUUAUGGGUUCCUCCAGAGAUGCCUUCCAAAUGGUCCCUGAUUCCUUUCAAAACUCUCAUUUGAUGAAGGUCCUUCGUAGUGCUGCCGGAGGAGAGAAGCUUAGAAGGCCAAAUGAUGACGAAGUGUUGCUCGGUAUGCAGUCGCUGAAGCCAAUGUCUGCUUCUCUAUUUCAGCCUCCUACAAAUUCCAAGCUUGAUGCCAAUAAAUGGGAACGAUCUUUACUCAUGAAUGUUGGCCCUUCCAUGCAGCAUCCCCCGCGUGGAGGUCAACUGACGCCGUUUGUACACCAAAUAGCCUCAAACAAAAUGAGGGAUGCCAAUGCCGGUCCUUCAUUUAUUUCUCAGUCAGCUGCUGAUGAAGGAUCUAGAACAGGAAUUAAGGGCCCUGGCAUUUUAAGUUCCAUAAACCCAACUGCUUUGGGCAUUGAGAAAUCAUCAUCUGCAGGGUUUCUUGGUGGAAGCAGGACAAAGACUGUAAGUAAUGUAGUGGACCCCGAAUCAUCGGCACUUCCAAGUCAACAUGGCCAAAAAUCUUCCAGCCGCCAGAUGACUAUAUUUUAUGGGGGUCAGGCUCAUGUUUUCGAUGAUGUCCACCCUCACAAGGCAGAUGUUAUAAUGUCUUUAGCCGGGUCAAAUGGCGGAUCAUGGUCAACAGCAUUCUCACCAAAAUCUUCUGUAAAGCUGGCAAAUGAUAGUAACUUGCACAGCGGAGAGAACGACACGGGUAUCCCACAUGAUCUUCACGGGAGGUUGCCCAUUACUGGAAGUUCUAGCCAUGCCAUUGUGCCUGGUGAUCGAAUAUCUACUCCGGCAGUUGUAGUGGCAAACCAGGGAAGCAUUGUAUCUAAACAUACAAGAAAUCCUGUUCAAGCAUCUGAACCCAGAUCUGAAGACAAAAAAAGAGCACAAUGAUACCGAGUUUUGAGUCUGAAAGGUUUGUUUAUGUUCUAUUAAUUAAUUGGAAGGCUUAAGAAAGAGCUUUCUCUUAUUCUGAUAACUAUUGAGUAUCAUCCUCUUAGUGUAUCAAAUUUUCUUCUAAUCUUAUAACUUAUUAACCUUUUUUUUUCCCUUUUUUUCUAACAUUAAGAGGAUCUUGUACUGCGGUUUCCAUUUUGGUACAAAAAAUUUUUAGAUAACGAAGACUUGUUCUUGUCUAAGGUUGCCUCAUCGCCUCUAUGUUCAACUAGUGCUUACAUAUGUAGUUUAAUUUAGUAUCAAUUGAUCUGAAUAAAGUUACUUGA